CAGCAGUUUUGCUGUCAAAUUUUUAUUCCUGGAAAGUAAAUAAAAACCGUAAAAAUUGGGCCCCUAUGGAAUAAAUCUUCUUUAUUUUUAGUCACAGCUAUAAUUACAGUAAUGGCGUGGAGAAGUCAUGGUGUAAAUAAUGCUGAUAUGAUAAGGAACCUUCGAGCUAAUGGAAUUAUAAAAACUGUCGCUGUAGCUAAUGCAAUGAGCGCGGUUGAUCGGAAAUUUUACUGUCCAUAUACACCUUAUCAAGACUCUCCACAAUCUAUAGGAUAUGCUGCUACCAUUAGCGCUCCACAUAUGCAUGCUCAUGCCCUUGAAAGGCUACAUAACCAGUUGGUUCCUGGUGAGAAGGCUCUGGAUGUGGGAUCGGGUUCUGGUUAUCUAACAGCUUGUAUGGCAAUCAUGCUUGGUGAUAAUGGAACUGUUGUAGGAAUUGAGCAUAUCCCAGAACUUGUAUCUCUUGCUACCAAAAACAUACAAAAUGGCAACCCCGAUUUACUUACAUCUGGAAGAAUUAAACUUAUUUCUGGUGAUGGACGAAAAGGAUAUCCAGCUGAGGCACCAUACAAUGCUAUUCAUGUUGGGGCAGCAGCACCAAGUCUGCCACAGGCUUUAAUAGACCAACUGAAGCCUGGAGGACGUCUCAUUGUGCCAGUCGGUCCUGAAGGAGGAGAACAACAUCUUACACAGGUUGAUAAGGCAGCAGAUGGUACAACAACGGUCAAGAAACUGAUGAGUGUGAUCUACGUCCCGCUGACAGACAAAAACCAUCAAUACCCUAGGAAAAUAGCUGCAGCUGAAAAACCACGACUGUCCAUUACGACUACUCGCGGAGUUAUGAUGGCUCGCCUGCCUCGCGAGGCGGCCACGGCCACGCGGAACAAAACGACUGAGGCUGCCGCAGGAGCCAUCGCUCGCGAUCCGGAUACCGAGGCUGCCGCGUGAGCCUGUGCGCUAGGUGGGUACGCGGCUUAUAAAUAUUUAUAAUU